GGGAACGGGACUGCAGGGAACUGGAAGAUGAUAGUGCCAUGGCUCCUUUUCUCCCUGGUGCUUUGCUGCAGCCCUGGUGUUCUGCCCCUGGAGAGGCUGGCUGGGCCCGAGGACGAUGCCCGAUGCUCUCAGGGCCUCUCCUGUCGUCUACAGGAGAAAGACAUGCUGUGCCUCCCUGGAAGCAUUGUGCCUGCCCCCGGUCCCGUGAUGGUGCCUACAUACAUGCAGACAGAAGUGGUGUUGCGCUGCCAGGAGGAGAGGAACUGUACCCCUUGUGUGCGAGUGAAGCUUCAGUUGGCCAUACGGGGGAAUCUGGAAGACGGCAGAGAGGGGAAAAUUGGAGGAGGAACAGAAAUGGCACCGGGACCCUCAUCCCACAAUGCCUCACUCCAUGCUCAUGUGGUCCUUUCCUUCCACACCUAUCUCACUACCCGCUGUGCCCUGCUGGAGGUGGAGGUGCCUGCCGCCUUGAUCCAGCCCAGCCAGCCAGUGGGUUCCCUGGUGUACGAUUGUUUCGAGGCGGCGGUGGGGGGUGAGGUGAAGAUCUGGUCGUACACGCUUCCACGGUACCAGGCGGAGCUCAACCACACACAGCAGCUCCCAGACUGCAUCGGGCCAGACAUGCGAGAUAGUGUCCAGAGCUGCUGGACCCUCCCCUGGCUAAACGUCUCGGCAGAAGGAGAUGCUGCCCAGUUAGUGCUGGAUGUAUCUGCUGGGCAGCACUACAGCCUGCUCCUGUACUGGAACCAGACCCAGGGGGCCCAGAAGCCCCGACUCCACCAGGACUUGGCCGGACCCCAGACUAUCACUCUGAACAAUACUGACCUGGUUCCUUGCCUCUGCAUCCAGAUGUGGCCUCAGGUGCAGGAUUCGAUCAGAACCAACCUCUGCCCCUUCCAGGAGGAUCCCAGAGCCCAUAGGAACCUGUGGAGCUUGAGCCGACUGCAGCUGCAGUUGUUCGAGAUGACCCUGAGCUGGUUCGUGGAGGCGCCUUGUGCGGUGCCUGCAGAGGUGGCACUUUGUUGGAGGCCGGUGGACAGUCACCUCUGCCAUUCUCUCCCUCCACACUUCCCUCGGGAGAACCUAUCUGUGAAUAGUCCCCAGGAAUUCCCUAUGCUGAAGGCCCACCCGAACCUAUGCGUCCAGGUGUGGAGCAGGGGACAGCUCCAGCUUCAGGAGUGCCUCCCAGAGGAUGCUCUGGGCCCGCCUCGGGAUGACGCGCUGCUGCUGGAGACCAGGGAAACCCAGGAGACUCGUGCCUUCUGUGCCCUGGAGCCCAGUGGCUGCACCCUGCUUCCCAGCACCACGCACACGAGGGUAGCUUUCCUUGGGGAGCAGCUGCUGAAGGACCUGCGGGCUGGUCAGUGUGUGCAGCUGUGGGAUGGCCCGGUGGCCCUGUGGGCUUGCUCCCUGCAGAAAUAUACCCACGUGCGCUGGGCGCUGGCGUGGCUGGCCUGCCUGUUGACCGUGGCCUGUGUCCUUCUCCUUCUCCUGCUGCUCAAGAGGGACAGGGCGAAAGGGUGGCUGCAAAUCCUGAAGGGAGACCUCCGCUCUGGGGGGCCAUCCCGGGGCCGCCGUACCUUGGUCCUCUACUCGCCCGACGACAGGGGCUUCGAGCGGCUCGUGGGCGCCCUGGCUUCGGCCCUGCACCGGCUGCAGCUUUCGGUGGCUGUGGAUCUGUGGCACCGGCAGGAGCUGAGUGCCCGGGGUCCCCUGGCCUGGUUCCAUGCACAGAGGCGUCAGGUUCUUCAGGACGGUGGCGUGGUGGUUCUGCUGUUCUCCCACGGCGCCGUGGCGUUCUGCCAGGAGUGGCUGCAAGCCGGCAGCCCCGGCGAGGUGCCUCCCGGAGCCGGGCCCCAUGACGCCUUCGCCGCCUCCCUCAGCUGCGUGCUGCCCGACUUCUUGGCGGGCCGGGCGGCUGGCCGCUACGUCGCAGCCUGCUUCGAGGAGCUGCUCCCUCCUCAAGCCGUGCCCGACCUCUUCCACACGGUACCCAUCUUUGCGUUGCCUUCCCAGCUGCCGGCCUUCCUAGGGGCCCUGGAGGGGCCGGACAGGAGAUGUCGGGAAAGCCUCAGGUCUCACGCUGCCCAGAUCACCCAGAGCCUGCAGCCUGCUCUGCGGGAGUGCCUGCCCGCUACCCAGCCGGGCCCUGGCACUAGUCCCUUGGCCAGGAGGCAUUCUUAUGGCCCCCCAGACAACGAGUGCUCUGCCCUCUGAAGCUUUGAGCCAGCGGGCCGGGCGGGCUGGCCCGAUACUUUCCAGGAGGGCUCGGGGGGCGGCACGCUGCUCCUGGCCCCGAUUAGGGAUUCAGCUGGCAGAGGGGACGGGCCCGGGCCGGACAGGACGAUGCGGACCGGACGGGGCCGGGGCCGCUGAAGGCCCGCCUCCGGAGCCGCAGAGGGCCGGAAUGAGCCGCCGGAAUGCUGGGGGCCACGGGGAUUGCCUGGGCCGGCCGAGGAGAAGGCCCGGGGGCCGGGGGGAGCCUGCCUCUCCCCGCCCCCGCUGGAAAACAAUAAAACGGCGAGAUUAUUUUUCUA